UGAGCAGCGGCUCCGUCACGGUCCAUGCAGACUCCACCGUGCAGGUGCUGGCGGGGGAGGCGGGGGCGAUGGGCCUGCGCGGGCUGUGUGAGUACCCUGGUGCCCGCGUGCCAGGCCACGCUCUGCGUCCCUUGGGCAGCCCCUGGCAGACUGCGAAAUCAAACCUGGAGAAGGCUGUUUCGGAGGUGGCUGCGGCGCCCGAUGAAGCAGCUAAAGCAGAAGCUCAGAUUAAAGUCGAAGCUAACGAAGCCCUCGUGAAGGCCCUGGAGUGA